AUGUCUCUUGGACUACCACCAGUAUCGACAGGUCUCAAGUCUAUAGCGCCGUACCUCCAACGCGCCGAGGAACUGGUCAAUCAACAACCAGUCGUGGCAUACUGGUGCGCGUACUAUGCAGCCCAGCUUGGUAUCAAUUUGAAAGCGAAGGAUGCUGCAUCACGCACACUGCUUCUAAAUCUCCUGAACGCACUCGAGCGCUUGAAAGCUCAGAUUGGUCCAAAUGACACCAUAGAUAGCGAGCCUGCGAGCGCAGCGUUCGUUGAGAACUUUGCCCUAAAGAUCUUCCGCAUUGCCGACGAUGAAGACCGUGAAGGUCAUGCAACAAGAUCAACUGCGAAGAAGUUUCUUGCCGCAGCAAAUUUCUUCGAGGUUUUGAAAGUAUUCCCAACGGCAGAUAUCUCCGAUACGAUAGAUGGCAAGAUUAAAUAUGCCAAAUGGAAGGCAGCUGAUAUUGCAAAGGCAUAUAGGGAGGGCAGGAAGCCCACACCGGGUCCUGCUGGGUCUCAGUUUGACCUAGAACCCCUCCCUGAUACUUCUGGUGCUUCAGAGCUACCUCCGCGAGCUGAAGAUCGCAAGACCUUUCCUUCAGCGACGAGUCAAUCCCCUCCGCCUCAAACGUCGCAUUAUCGGCAGACGCCAUCUCCGAAGAUGAGUCCAGAUGAUAUCACUCGUGCCAAUCUCUUGCAUCCCCCUCGCCAUGAUGAUGAGUCACUGAGCCCUGGGCGUUGGAGUACGACAGCGACUCCAGGAUUUGAUCUUGCUCAAGAUAGCAGUAGCGUCAGUUUGGACCAGGCAAAUAACUGGCAUGAAACCCCUCUCAAUGGCAGAGGGAGUCAACUCCGCCAGGCAUGGGUUAGCACUGACAUGGAGGGCGCGACUAGCGAUGAAGAGCUAGUCCGGGAUCCGUUACUUAACGGAUCAUCCCCUAGUCAGGUUCCAUUCUCGUCAUUUGCUAGCGAGUCUCGGCCAGCUGUAUUCGAGUCCUCAUCCCCACCCAAAGAGCGGCCUAUUAUAUACACACCGACAACCAGAGAGUAUGUGCCCCCCAUUCCUCCGCAUCCUACCAUCCUUCCCUCAAUCUCCCCGCCGAGAGGCUCACCACCGCAAACCCGUGCUCGCGGUCCUUCAAUAUCCUCUCAAGAACUUCCGCUUGGGUUUGUACCCUCAUCUCCAGUACCCCCGCCUAUGAUCCCCCCUCCACCCAGGAUCCCUCCUCCACCCAUGCCCGUAAUUUUUGCACCUUCUUCACCUCCUCGCAUGGCGCUCCCGCCUCCUGCUCCCGCCCCUGCUCCUGCCCCUUUACCGUUGAAUGAUUUUCAACUUACACCCACCAUCAUUGCCAAAGCACAGAAGCACUGUCGCUUUGCUAUCUCCUCACUUGAUUACGAGGAUGCUGAGCAAGCGAGAAAGGAACUUAGGGCUGCGCUGGCUCUCCUCGGAGGCUGA